AUGUCCUACACUAAAUUCGUAGCAGCUCUUGUGAGAGCGAAUCAAGGCAAUGUCGGCAAAAUACGCAUAUCACCUGGAAGAUGUCGGUCCACAGUGGCAUCCACCAAGAGCCAGGAAGAGAAAGAUCAGCAGAUAGAUGGGUGCACCGUGGUGGAGGCUGUGCCCGUUGAGCUCAUCAGCGAGACCAAAAAUGUGAAAAACACGCAGUUAAGUAAAAUCCACAUUGAUUUCGACAACACGGAGGAAGCCUACAAGAGCAAGCGCAACAUUGAGCUGCUGCGGAGCCUGCUGGUGUUCAAGCUUUGUACCAUUGACGUCCUCGUUGAGAAAAACAAACAGUUGAUAGAUCUGAGCAGGAAGUUGCUGGGUCAGUGGAUGUUUGAGAAGAUGAUGAAGAUGACCUUCUAUGGUCAGUUUGUGGCCGGAGAGGACCACAACUCCAUCAAACCUCUGAUUCAGAAGAACGAGGCGUUUGGUGUGGGGGCAGUUUUAGACUACAGUGUUGAGGAGGACCUGACACAAGAGGAGGCAGAGAAGAAGGAAAUGGACUCGUGUGUCUCUGAAGCAGAGAAAGAAAGCCCAGAUGCUGAUCAUCGUGAGAAGAAGUACAAGGCCCAUCGUCAGUUUGGAGACAGGCGUGGAGGGGUUACCAGCGCUCGUACCUACUUUUACGCAGAUGAGAACAAAUGUGACAGCCAAAUGGAGACAUUCAUAAACUGCAUUAGAGCCUCUGGUGGAGCCUCAGCUGAUGGAUUUUCUGCUAUCAAAAUGACUGCCCUGGGACGCCCUCAGUUCCUUCUCCAGUUUUCAGAGGUCCUGGUGAAAUGGAGACAGUUCUUUAACGUCCUCGCAGCACAACAGGGAAAAUCUGAGAUGAUGGUUUUGGAGCAGAAGCUGGAGCUGGAAGAACUCAAGGAAAGCUUGACAAAGAUGGGUGUUGGAGCCAAGGAUGACAUAGAGAAUUGGUUUACUGGAGAGAAGCUGGGUUUGUCAGGAACGAUAGAUCUGCUGGACUGGAACAGUCUAAUAAAUGACACAACGACAAUCUCCAACCUGCUCAUGGUGCCAAACCUGGAGACAGGUCAUCUGGAGCCUUUGUUGAACAAGUUCACAGCGGAGGAGGAGAGGCAGAUGAAGAGAAUGCUGCAGAGAGUGGACGUUCUGGCCAAGCAUGCUGUGGAGAAUGGAGUAAGGCUAAUGGUGGACGCCGAGCAGACGUACUUCCAACCAGCUAUUAGUCGGCUGACCCUGGAAAUGCAGAGGAUAUUCAACAGAGAAAAGCCAAUCAUUUUCAACACCUAUCAGUGUUACCUCAAGGAAGCCUAUGACAAUGUAACCGUGGAUGUCGAGCUGUCGCGACGGGAGGGCUGGUACUUUGGUGCCAAACUGGUUCGUGGAGCCUACAUGUACCAAGAGAGAGACAGGGCCAAAGAGAUUGGCUACGAAGACCCAAUAAACCCAGACUAUGAGAGCACCAACAGGAUGUAUCACAAGUGUUUGGAGUAUGUGCUGGAGGAGAUCGAACACAGCAGGAAAGCAAAUAUCAUGGUUGCGACUCACAACGAGGACACGGUUAAAUUCACCCUAGAAAAGAUGAAUGAAAUGGGCCUGUCACCCACUGAGAAUAAAGUUUACUUUGGACAGCUGCUCGGCAUGUGUGAUCAGAUCAGCUUCCCACUAGGCCAAGCUGGUUUCCCAGUCUACAAGUAUGUUCCAUAUGGCCCAGUCAAUGAGGUCAUUCCUUACCUGUCUCGCCGUGCUCAAGAGAACCGCGGCUUCAUGAAGGGAUCCCAGAGAGAGCGCAGCCUGCUGUGGACUGAGCUGAAACGCAGGAUGCUGGGCGGACAGAUUUUCUACAAGCCUGUCUACUGAGGCACAGGACCACAACAUACUAAGUGCGGUACAUCUGUAAUCAUUCCACCAUCUUAACCAGCUUACUGCUCCCUGUAGAGGAAGAUUCAUGUCCUUCCUUGGCUUGUUAGGCUGCACAAUAUGGAGGAAGGUUUUGCCAUUUCAGUGACAGAUAUUUUAUGUGUUGUAUGGUUUGCGAUGUUCAUUUUAGCAGUAUAUUUAAUACAGGAGUCUUUAAAACAUCACCACAGUGUUACAUUGUGGAUAUGUUUGUGCUGCUGCGUUAAGAAGAACUGAUUUAGUUUUUUGUCUGAAUCAUAAGUUGUUUAUUUAACUCAUCAGAAUCAACACAUUUAUCAUCAAAUAUUUAUGCUUCUAAACACUGAUCCUUUCUGACAUAUAGCAUGGAAUUAUUCAGUAGAGGCUAAGAAAAGUUUAUGUGUAUAUAUGGUUACCAAAGGUGGCUUACUUGUAUAUAAAUAUACAGCAUUUGCCCUGUGCUUUGUCAUGGUACGUUUUGUCCUGUGUUAACUUAAUUUUAUGUAACUGUCACUGAAAGUGCCUCAUGAUUGUUUUCAUAAGAUUAACUGGAAGCAAUCAGCGACUGUACAACUUAGGUUUGUUUAUGUACACUCCUCUGACGCCUGCUCUUUGAUGUUCCUAAGGGUAAGAGCAGAUGAAAUGUUAAGUUUUACAAAAUGAAACACACAGUUUCUAAUUGUAAACUGUUAAGGUUAAUGUGUUGUGGAUGUGUGGAAAUGAGCCAGCCACCUGUGACGUGGAAAUGACUGUUUGCAGUACCAAAUCCUCAUUUUGCGUCCGACAAAACAAACUCCAUUUACUGUCUACUGAGCGGUUCGAGGCUAAAGAGUGACUCAGUGUAAUCCAUUUCAGUGGAUCAUUCACGUCUAGUGUGCUCUUAUACUUGACAAGUGCCAGAUGGCCCUGACGACAUAAUUGUCCGAAAUAAAGAGCAUCUCCUGCUCGUCAAACAGAGGCAGAUGUUCAAAUCAGAAAACCAGGAACUGUUACGCCCCGUGUACCAAAAUGUUCCAAAAACAUGCUGCGGUUACUGCUGUGAAUUUCGAGGAAAAAUGCCUCCAAGUAUUCUGAGAACACCUGCGCUGUUGCAUAAGCUGCACUGGAGGAGAAGUGGCCUGUGAGGUUAAUUUGUUUUGGUGGGAAGAUUUCAGAAAGACUGGUUGUGUCAGUAUCUCUGGUUUCAGUGCUGCCCAGUGGAGUCCUCUGAAAGGUUUUGGAAUGAAUGUAUUAUAAAUUGAUAAGUUGUUUUCUGAGGACUGGAAAUGAAUACUGUAAAAUUUUCUUACACCUUUGUAAAAGGCAUUAAACUAAAACAAUGAAUCCUUAUUGUAAAGUUAAAUAAAAUAUACCGGGUGUUUUGGGACAUGACAAAAGUCAAUAGUCUUAAAGUAGGUCUGUGUUGCCAUUGUGACAUAAUUUCUAAUGCUUGUAUUUUACCCUACAUCAGUGUUGCCAUGAGAAUUUGACAUAAAGCCAUAAAAACAUGAAGUCAAGUCAAAUUUUAACACCAUCAGAAUAAUCAAGUUGCCCUUAUGGUGUGGAUGGUUGAGUUUUUGAGUGGUAACCUGGUAACACUGGGUCAUUUGAAAUAUUUUUUAUAGAAAUACUGGUUUUAUUUGAGUGCAUUUCAUGUUGUUUUUCUUUUUAGUUUUUCUCCGUCAUCACUGCUGUAUUACUAUACCACAUUUUGUACAGUUGUAAUAUACAUGUAAUUUUUGAUUAACACAAUAAAAUACGGUUGACAUUAAAAG